UUAAUUCCACCUUUUUUUUUCUAUCACACAUUUCAAUAAAAUAUUCGUAUUCCACUAACGACUCUUUUUGGUUGUUGAAAUUAAAACAAUAAUGUAAUAACCAGUGCUAUCUCAGCUAUCUCAAAUUCAUCUUUAACGCUCAAAAUGGGUCUUCAAAUUCCACAUGACCACAAGGUUGAAGAUGUUGACCGACCGAUCUGUACAAACGUGGAUUUAUCUCACCACAAAACAGAUGAUGAGCAUGUGCUUUUAGUGAUUCCUGAUAACCUUCCCGUUGAAUUUAAAUUCUCGAGUGAUUUGAACAAAUUGUCCUCCCAGCCGGAUGAUAAUGAAUCAUAUAUUGCUCCUCGCUUGCAUAAAUUCAUUUCAGAACAAGACUUACGCAAGGAAAUUCUACGACGCUGUUCUUCUUUUUUAGUCUCAACUGUUGUUUCUAUGGCUCUUUUCUACAAUAUAGGGAGUAGUUUAUUACCACAUCAUAAACAACAUAUUCACCGCCUUUCCAUAUGGAUGUCCUUUCUAGGGUUGUUGGGUUUUAUGGUCUUUGUUUGUGCUGUGGCAGUAAUGAUUCUUGUUGGUGGAGUAUUCACUUGUAUGCAGAAAGCUAUGCUUAUCGUUUUGCUUCUUUGGAUGCAUAUUCAAUCUGCUAACUCAAUCAUUGAAGUUUGCGUUAUAUUACUCGCUGGAUUUUUCAUGGCGUGGUAUGCUUUUUGGAAAAGGGACUCACCAAAUAAUGAAAGUGAUCUCAAAUCAUCCAAUAUGCUAACGAGUUGUCAGCUCAAACAAUAAAAUGAAUGUGUGUUUGUGUUUUCUUUUUGAUACAAAGGUGUUGUGUUUCUUCUAGAAUUUGUGUUUGUAAUUUGCAGCUCAUCAUCUUGUGAUAAAAUCAGCUGUGAUGUUUUGUUGGAUUUUACUUUCCAUUGAUACUUGUAUUGUAUUGGCUACUAAAAUUUAACUUUGCUAAUUUUCUAAUUCAUAUCAUCAUAUGGAUUGGCAAAAUUGGCACUUUCAUAAUACUAUAGUAUAUAUUACAACUUUGUCUGCUUAA